AUGAUAGACCGAUAUCAGAGAGAACAUUCUCUAGUGAGUCGUUUUGGUAUGCAAGCUAAUAUCAUCACUGCUGCCACCUACACCAAUACACAGAGCAGGAGCAGCACGCUGUCAAGGGAACUCAUGUACAAAGCUCUGCAUCAAAUGGCUCCAAAUUACCCCGAGCUUGGGGUCACGAAUUUCUGUCGUCCUUCCGAGACAAAGUCAGGGCACCAUCGGUGCUGGUCGGUUUUCUUAAAAGAGAUCAACCUUGAUGACCAUGUGAAGUUCAUCGACAUUUCAGCAGAGGAAGAAGCAACAGGACUUACUCCAAUCAUCGCGGAAUACCAUGGCCUUUGGUUUGAGCCAUCAAAAAGACCACCAUGGCAGCUCGUGGUUGUCAAUGGAAAACAUGUGUUAUUCAUUUACGAUCACUACAUUACCGAUGGGCGCGGCGGUACAUACAUACUGGAGAGUAUCUUGGACGCUCUCAAUUCUCCCAAGAAUGAUCUUGUCAGCUCUUCGACCGUCAAUUUCACAACAGACGUCAAGGGAUUCCCUGAGCUUGAUCCAAUCCAGCGCGCCCCGGCACCACUUUCUUUAUUCUACGCCAUCUUGGGCUAUCUUCGUUUCUUGGUCUUAUUGCUGUUAUACAGGCAAAAGGACCUCUUCUUUCAUGAUAUGACUUACCAUCAUCGUAAGUUGGACUGGUAUGAUCCACAGAAAGAAGACAAUCUCGUCAAAACAAGGAUUCGUAGUCUUCGCCUCGAUGCUUCCACGACGAGAAGAUUCCUCCAGGCCUGUCGAUCCCAUCAAACGUCUUUUACAAGCCUCCUGCACACUCUUAUCAAAGUUACACUAGCAGCGGACUUCUACCCUAAAGCCAAAUUCAGUCAUUCGGGGACAGUCGUUGAUAUCCGAUCGUUUUUGAAACCCCACGACAGGGAAAAGACCGUGGAAAAUGCGGCUUCUAUUGUGUCGAGCUACGACUGGCUACCCAAGUUCCACCAAGCAGGGGAGCAGACAGCUCUCAAAAAGGACGCAGGCUUUGAAGCAGAUUUACUCUGGGAGCUGGCGCGCAAGCAUCGCGCGCAUGUCCUCCACGAUCUCCAUCACAAAAAGUCGUUCUUGACCGCUUGGCAGUCCAUUGAGCUCCUCGGAGAAGACGAAGAAGACUAUAUCACCGGCUUCAUUCCUGGAUUGAAGCUUGUGGGGCGAAAUUCUUUCUCGGUCUCAAAUCUGGGUGCUUUUCGUCCAAGUGUCUUGGUUGGCCAGGAUGGGGGCAAUGGUGAUUGGACCAUCAGCAAUAUGGAGUUCUCUGCUGGUGCUUUCAAAAAUGGAUACAGUUCCGAUCUUGUGUUCAAUGUGGCAGGUGUUCAAGAUGGCCCGACCACUAUUCACGUUUGCCAUGAAGAAGGUUCCUUCAACGACAAUUUUCUCGAUUCGUUAUUGGACCGAAUCAAAAUGCGGAUCGAUGCCAUCAUCUAG